AUCUUCUUGGAAACCAGUCUUCAGCCUUACUUUAGUCAGCGCCGCAGCCCGUGGCCAAUCCAGCGGUCAGCAGUUUACAAAGAUGAACGUCCAGGUUUUGCUGUGGUUGGUCCUUACUGGAGCAGUCCAAGUUGAUGGCUCAAGCCAAGCUGCUGGUUCGAUGGUAACUAGGUGUGAAGCCUGUCAUAAACAUGCAACCUGUCUCUCAUCGACAUCUGAUCAAGAGAAUCCAGAGUUUUCCACGGCACACAUUAAGUGUGUGUGUAAAGAGGGUUUCUCUGGUAAUGGCCUUGAGUGCCGCGAUCGUGUGGCGUGCAGCAACGGUGCCCCCUGCUGUCCUCAUGGCUACCAGUGGAAGCCAGACCUUGGCUGCAUGGACAUAGAUGAAUGCUCUUCUGCGGCCGACACCCCCUGCCCAGCUCCAACCGUGUGCGCGAACACGCCAGGCUCCUUCAACUGUGUGACACUCUCAGCCUCGGAGACGUCCACCAUCGGCCAUCAUCGCUUCAGUGCUGACCCAGAGCUUCGCUCGGUGCAGUUUGGCUGCGGAGAUGUCCUGUGCCCACCUGGACAAGACUGCUUGAGUGUCGAUGGUGGCACACCGACUUGCGCUGACCCCUGCCAAUAUUACACCGCCCUUAACCAGUCCUGGCGAUCGACCGACCACAGAGUGGACCCCGUCUCCCCGGCCUGCGAUAGCCAUGAGAACUGGCACGGCUGGUACCGGCUCUUCCUGGGCGGCGACAGUGUCCGGAUGCCGGAGCGGUGUGUGGAGAGGUAGUGUGUGGCACGGGACGUUCCCCUCUGGCUCGCCAACCCACACCCUGAGCCAUACCAAGGCGUGGUGAGGGGACGUGUGUGUGGAGCUUGGGAGUCGGACUGCUGCCAGCUCAGUUCCAAUCGCAUCCACAUCAAGGCCUGUCCAGAGCACUACCACGUCUACAAGCUGGUCAGCUCGUCCCUCUGCUCCUCAGCCUACUGUGCUGAUCCCAACACUCAGGUCUGUGGAACAUGUGGGAUGGAUGAGAAGUGUGUAAGUGACAAUCAAAUUAACUGGAGAUGCGAGAAAAUAGGACUACGACUAGUUGGUGGUAACACACGCUGUUCUGGACGAGUUGAGGUCCUCCACAAUGACACUUGGGGCACUGUAUGUGAUGACGGCUGGGACAUAAACGAUGCCACGGUGGUGUGUAGAGAGAUGGGCUGCGGUCUUGCUGUCCAGGCUCUUUCCGGAGCCCAAUUUGGACAGGGAAGUGGCCAGAUCUGGAUGGACGAUGUCUCUUGUGCCGGAAACGAGAAUUCCCUGACACAGUGUCCUCAUAGCGGGUUUGGGACUCAUAAUUGUGGACAUGUAGAGGAUUCUGGAGUGGAGUGUGCAGAUGUGGAGAACGUCCGGCUCGUUGGGGGAAGUGGUCAGUGCUCUGGCCGAGUGGAGGUGAAGUAUCGAGGCACCUGGGGGACAGUGUGCGAUGAUGGCUGGGACAUGAACAAUGCCCAGGUGGUCUGCAAGCAGUUGGACUGUGGAGAGGCGCUCGCUGCUCCAGGCGUUGCUUCAUUUGGUCAGGGCACUGGUCAGAUCUGGAUGGACGAUGUCAACUGCGCUGGCAACGAGGAGGCCCUAAGCAUGUGCCCACACUCGGGAUUCGGCAGCCAUAACUGUGGACACCAGGAGGAUGCAGGGGUGAUCUGUGCAGAUAAUUCUGUCCUUGACCUUGACCUCACCUGUGGUUUCUACAAUCUGGAAGUCAAAUUUUCCAGGGUGCAUGUGGAGGGCAGUGGCCUGAACGCCUCCAGUGUUCACCUCGCAUUCCCACAAUGCACUGCCCAAGGCGAGCAUAAUGGAAGUUUGUAUAUCCUAACGCAACGUCAAGACGGCGACUGUGGCACUGUCCUGCGGACCAAUGGCACACACAACAUCUACUCCAACGCGUUAUUUCUGUACUUCCUCCCUGAUGGAAGCACACACUACUACAAGCCAAUGAACUUUCCUUUCUCCUGCGUCUACCCACUUCAGAGGGAGACCAACUUAAAUGUUGUCCUUAGACCCUUUUUGAUGAAAAGCGUACAAUCUGAGCCAGAUCCAAUAUCCAGGCAUGUCAAAGCACGGACACUACCUAAUACCAGCCUGAAGGGAGUCGUAGAGGUGGGUCCCCCCAUCCAGACCUCCAUGUCCCUGUACCGUUACCCAGACUACAGCGAGCCGUACCCAGCCGGGACGGUCAUCCUGCCCGUUGGCACUUCCCUGUACCUGGGCGUCUCAGUGGAGAGCCACUCACAGGACACCGUGCUGGUCCUGGAGGACUGCUCCAUUGGAGAGGUCUUGUCCCCCAAUGAGCCGUAUCGUCUGCUGAGGAACAGGUGUGCUGUGGACAGCAAAGUGCAUGUUGUGGAAAGUGGGGUUUCUCUGCGGGCUCGUCUAGAGAUGCCCCUCCUGCUCUACCAGGGCAUUUAUGGGGACUUCAGCGUACAGUGCAGGGUCACGCUGUGUGACCGCAGAGUGGAGUCCUGUCUGCCUACCUGCUAAGUGUCGAUGACCUCACCAACAUCCUGACUUUACUGAAACAUGGUUAUUAUGUCGGUUUAUUACACUGCUCUUCAUAAUGCUGCAGAAUGCUCCAUUCACUUGAAUGGGCCUUCCCAACGUUCGGCGCUUGAUCAGCUGUGUUCUAAAGAAUGUUUGAUUCAAGUUCAGCGUGUUGUUGCGAACUACA